CAGAUCCCCAUCUCUACAAAAAAAUAAGUGGGCAUGGUGGUCUGUGCUUAUAGUCUUGGAUACUCUGGAGGCUGAGGCGGUAGCGAGCUGUGAUUGUGCCACUGCACUCCUGCCUGGAUGACAGAGUGAGACCCCGUCUCUUAAAAAGAAAAAAAAAAAAGAUUGUUGUCUAACUUCAGCUUUCCUGAGACUUUGUAAGAGCCAUUUCUAGGGAAAGCAUUGGUUAUGGCUAUGACUGAGUCCUGGGAAACAGGGCUUAUUACAGCUGGGAAGGCAUCUGGCAAGGCGAUCAGUGGGCCAGGUAGUAGAAAACUGGCAGGGAAUAUGAUCAGCAGGAGAAAAUGGCUGUUCUGUAUUUCCUGUUUCUAAGUUUACUACAGCACACCCCAGCUUUCAGGAGCAGAUAAAAGCAGAACACUGUGAUGAGGCCAGGCGCAGUGGCACACGCCUUAAUCCCAGCACUUUGGGAGGCCAAGGCUGGCAGAUCACUUGAACUCAGGAGUUGGAGACCAGCCUGGCCAAUAUGGUGAAACUCCGUCUCUACCAAAAAAAAAAAAAAAAAAUUAUCCAUCUAUCUACCCAUCUAUCUAUAUAUACAAAGAUUAGCCAGGGGUGGUGGUGCAUGCCUGUAGUCCCAGCUACUCAGGUACUGAGGUGGGAAGAUUACUUGAGCCUGGCAGGUCGAGCCAAGAUCAUGCCACUGCUCUCCAGCUUGGGUGACAGAGUGAGACCCUGUCUCUAAUAAUAACAACACUGUAAUGAAAUGAGUGUUCUCAGCUAUGUAGUAGAGUGUACCAGAAUUCAAACCUAGAUCUAACUCCAAAGCCCAGGUUACACCUUCCACUAUGAUGCUGCUUACAUCAUGCCAUCAGCCAUUAUUUCAUUACUUUUGGGGGGAAAGAGGGGAGGAGGGAGGUCAUCUAGAGAAUGUGGACGUGUGCCAGACCUAAAUUAGGAGUGCAGUAGUGCCUAUUCUCUUGAGCACUGCCCGGUAGAGCACCUUAUGAGUAACAGGGCUUGUUCUCCCGAGAGAAAUUACCCACAUUUCCUAUAAGUGAUUACCAGAUUAAGCAUGCCCUCCACCUCUUAACUGAGCAUCAUGCUCAGUUAAGGAAUUAUUCAUCUCUCGAGCUCUAGUCAUCAGAGCACUUAGAAGUACUGUCAGCAAUAUUUACCCUGUGCCUUUGGAGCAGCAUUCAGUAUAGACUAGUGCUGAACCACAGUUUCAUUAACAGUAAUCUGUACAGUUGGAGGUGUGAGCCAGAUUGAGAACCAAAGCUGGAUAAUAAUUCUUGCUUCUCCAUUUCAGUUUGAAAGUUUUUGUUCUAAAAUUCUGAUAUGGAGCUCUGGAGUAGUUAUGAGAGUUAAUGAACAGGUCUCUUCCUCUUUUAGGGAUUACUUCUAGACCAGAUAAACUACUUAAGGAAGGAAAGUAAUUUCUUAUUUUGAAUCUCCAGUCUGGGUCAGGGUUUCAAAAAUAGUGUAUCAUAAUAGUGAAGAUGAAAACAGGUUAAGAACAACUGUUGGAAGAUAUGUUCUUCAAAGGCCAGUGCUGUUGCUUCUUUUUGUACUUUCUGAGUUUUAAAACUGAAUGCCCGUUUUUCGUCUUUCUGGAGCUUUAAGUCUUCUUAAUGAUCUUUGGGAGAUGGUAUGUAUCCAAUAUAUUCCAGGACCCAGGUGUUUCCUUGGUCUUUUUCAGUGAUCUCAGACCUUGAAGUCCUACCUUAUUCCAUAUGUAUUUUGUGAUCCCAAACCCAACCUCAAGCAGCCCUUGCUUACCGUGGGACUUAUCCCACAUGUCAUCUCCUGGAAAACAGCCCUAUAUGACUGCCCCAAAUGGAACCAACCGCUUUCUCCCGGUGCAAGAGAAGCCUUUGAAGAGAAGCUCUUUGAAGAGUUUGGUGAAUAAAAGAACUAGUUAAUAAGAGCCUGGAACAAUGCCUGGCACAUGACAGAUCAUUCUGGCUGUUGUGUGGUGUAUGAAUCGUAUGGGACCAAAAUGCAGCAAUGUGAGGCCCAGACCAGUGGCAACCUUGCAGCUUGAGUCUGUCGACCUGCAGAGCUCCAGGAACAACAAGGAGCACCACACGCAGGAGAUGGGCGUCAAGCGGCUCACUGUGCGCCGCGGCCAGCCCUUCUACCUCCAGCUGAGCUUCAGCCGACCCUUCCAGUCCCAGAGCGACCACAUCACCUUUGUGGCUGAGACCGGACCCAAGCCGUCAGAGCUGCUGGGGACCCGAGCCACAUUCUUCCUCACCAGGGUCCAGCCCGGGAAUGUCUGGAGCACUUCAGAUUUCACCAUUGACUCCAACUCUCUCCAAGUUUCCCUUUUCACACCAGCCAAUGCAGUUAUUGGCCAUUACACUCUGAAGAUAGAGGUCCCUCAGGGCCAAGGUCACAGUGUGACUUACCCGCUGGGGACUUUCAUCCUACUUUUUAACCCUUGGAGUCCAGAGGACGAUGUCUACCUGCCAAGUGAAAUACUGCUGCAGGAGUAUAUCAUGCGAGAUUAUGGCUUUGUUUACAAGGGUCAUGAAAAAUUCAUCACCUCCUGGCCCUGGAACUACGGGCAGUUUGAAGAGGACAUCAUAGACAUCUGCUUUGAGAUCCUGAACAAGAGCCUGUACUACUUAAAGAACCCGGCCAAAGACUGUUCCCGGCGGAACGACGUGGUGUACGUGUGCAGGGUGGUGAGUGCCAUGAUCAACAGCAACGAUGACAAUGGUGUGCUGCAGGGGAACUGGGGUGAGGACUACUCCAAAGGGGUCAGUCCUCUGGAGUGGAACGGCAGCGUGGCCAUCCUACGACAGUGGUCAGCCAGGGGCGGGCAGCCUGUGAAGUACGGACAGUGCUGGGUCUUCGCCUCUGUUAUGUGCACCGUAAUGAGAUGCUUAGGCGUUCCAACCCGUGUUGUUUCCAAUUUCCGUUCCGCGCACAACGUGGAUAGGAACUUGACCAUCGAUACGUACUAUGACCGAAAUGCCGAGAUGCUGUCAACUCAGAAACGAGACAAAAUAUGGAACUUCCAUGUCUGGAAUGAGUGCUGGAUGAUCCGGAAAGAUCUCCCACCAGGAUACGACGGGUGGCAGGUUCUGGACCCCACUCCCCAGCAGACCAGCAGUGGGCUGUUCUGCUGUGGCCCUGCCUCUGUGAAGGCCAUCAGGGAAGGGGAUGUCCACCUGGCCUAUGACACCCCUUUUGUGUAUGCCGAGGUGAACGCCGAUGAAGUCAUUUGGCUCCUCGGGGAUGGCCAGGCCCAGGAAAUCCUGGCCCACAACACCAGUUCCAUCGGGAAGGAGAUCAGCACCAAGAUGGUGGGGUCAGACCAGCGCCACAGCAUCACCAGCUCCUACAAGUACCCAGAAGGAUCCCCUGAGGAGAGAGCUGUCUUCAUGAAGGCUUCUCGGAAAAUGCUGGGCCCCCAAAGAGCUUCUUUGCCCUUCCUGGAUCUCCUGGAGUCCGGGGGUCUUAGGGAUCAGCCAGCGCAGCUGCAGCUUCACCUGGCCGGGAUACCCAAGUGGGGCCAGGACCUGCAGCUGCUGCUGCGUAUCCAGAGGGUGCCAGACAGCACCCACCCUCGGGGGCCCAUCGGACUGGUGGUGCGCUUCUGUGCACAGGCCCUGCUGCAUGGGGGUGGCACCCAGAAGCCCCUCUGGAGGCACACGGUGCGGUUGAACCUGGACUUUGGGAAGGAGACACAGUGGCCGCUCCUCCUGCCCUACAGCAAUUACAGAAACAAGCUAACGGACGAAAAGCUCAUCCGCGUGUCUGGCAUCGCCGAGGUUGAAGAGACAGGGAGGUCCAUGCUGGUCCUAAAAGAUAUCUCUCUGGAGCCUCCCCACUUGUCUAUUGAGGUGUCUGAGAGGGCUGAGGUGGGCAAGGCGCUGAGAGUCCACGUCACCCUCACCAAUACCUUGAUGUUGGCUCUGAGCAGCUGCACGAUGGUGCUGGAGGGAAGCGGCCUCGUCAAUGGGCAGGUAGCAAAGGACCUUGGGACUCUGGUGGCCGGACACACCCUCCAAAUUCAACUGGACCUCUACCCGACCAAAGCUGGACCCCGCCAGCUCCAGGUUCUCAUCAGCAGCAACGAGGUCAAGGAGAUCAAAGGCUACAAGGACAUCUUCGUCACUGUGGCUGGGGCUCCCUGAGCCCCACCCUCCAGCUGCCCUCCCUGGCACCCCUGCCCCACCUGGCUCCUUCCUACUCCUGACUAUGUCAUCUUGGCUCCACCUCUGUCCUGUCUCCAGCCUGCCUGGGAGUGAAUGAAGCUCUGUUAGAAACCCCGUGUGCUUUGGGAAGAGACAAUAAAGACGUCUUUAUUUAUCACCAGCA